AUUCACUCAGGGUCAAUUUUUUUCGCAAAACUAGUUGAUACUAUAACCAAUAUACAGUUUUAGAGUCCCAUUUGUUAUUUUACAAGAAAAGAUGUCAAGUGCCCAGUGGAAUGCAGGCCAAACCCAUGGUCAGGCUCAGGCCAAGACUGAGGAGUGGGUACAAUCGGCCCAAGGUGCAGCAAACAAGGCUUGUGACAAGAUGGCAGACUCCAAAGAGUCGGCCCAACAAGGGAAGGAGGAGACUGCCGGAUUCCUCCAGCAGACUGGUGAGAAAGUAGCCACCAUGACUCAGGGUGCUAUCGAUGGUGUGAAGAACACACUUGGAAUGAAUGAAAAGAAGUGAAAAAGAAAGUCCAUCUCUCUGUCUCUCUAUCAACAUGUGUGGGACUUAAGGUGUUAUAGUAGUUAUUUAUUUAUUUUUAGGUUUUGUUUAAUGAUUUGAGAUUUUCUUUCAAGAAAAACUCUCAUCUCAGAUGUAAUAAAAGCUGUAAAUUCAGCAAUGAUGAAGAAUCUUAGAUUUGGUUUUUAGGAUUUUUAGAGGUUGGAUUUCCUUCUACCUAAGUGGUAGAUAGUGGAAAUUGCUCAUUGAUUUGGUUCCACAUGGAGAGAGAGCACUUAAAAUGUGUAAUAAAAAUGCUACAUAAUAAUGCAAAUGUAGUGCAAUUCAACUA